AUGGCGCAAGCAGGCCCGAUCACCGACGUGACUCAGAGGCUCUUUGUGGAGCUGAAGUCGAAGAACGAGGAGACCCGAGCCCGAGCUGCCUACGAGCUCUAUGACAACGUCUUAUCAGUCUCUCGAGACUGGCCUUCCGAGAAGUUUGUUGAGUUUUACAAUGCUGUUAGCCAAAGAAUUGCCCAGCUGGUGGUAACCGGGAGCGAUGCCAAUGAGAGAAUCGGUGGACUCCUUGCUCUAGACCGACUCAUCGAUUUUGACGGUGUGGACGCCGCCCAAAAGACCACCCGCUUUGCCAGUUACCUACGGAGUGCCCUUCGAAGCAAUGACAGUGUGGUGUUGGUGUACGCUGCCCGAUCGCUGGGCCGACUGGCUAAGCCGGGCGGGGCACUGACCGCGGAGCUGGUGGAAAGUGAGAUUCAGUCCGCAUUAGAAUGGCUACAAUCAGAACGCCAGGAGAGUCGACGAUUCGCCGCGGUACUUGUUAUUGGGGAGCUGGCAAAGGGUUCCCCCACACUCCUGUACGGCUUUGUCCCGCAGAUAUUCGAACUCAUCUGGGUUGCACUUCGCGACCCGAAAGUCCUUAUUCGAGAGACUGCGGCCGAGGCCGUGGGCGAGUGCUUUGAAAUCAUCGUAGCUCGAGAUGCCCAAGUUCGCCAAUCGUGGUUUGCUCGAAUUUACGAAGAAGCCUUGCUAGGCUUGAAAUCUCACAACGUCGACUGGAUUCAUGGAUCUCUCUUGGUUAUGAAAGCACUAAUUCUGAAGGGUACCAUGUUCAUGAAUGAGCACUACCGAAACGCCUGUGAGAUCGUCCUACGUCUCAAAGACCACCGAGACCCCAAGAUUCGUACCCAAGUCGUCCUUACCAUCCCCAUCCUCGCAUCCUACGCCCCCACCGACUUCAUCGAGAUCUAUCUACACCGUUUCAUGAUAUACCUCCAAGCACAAUUGAAGCGAGAAAAGGAACGGAAUUCCGCUUUCAUCGCCAUUGGAAAGAUUGCCAAUGCGGUGGGACCUGCCAUUGCCCAGUAUUUGGACGGGAUCAUCAUAUACAUUCGAGAGGGACUCGCAAUGAAAGCGCGAAACCGAGCGGGCACCAAAGAGGCCCCUAUGUUUGAGUGUAUCAGUAUGCUUUCUUUGGCAGUGGGACAAGCCCUCAGCAAAUACAUGGAGGCUUUAUUAGACCCCAUUUUUGCCUGCGGCUUAAGCAAGUCAUUGACCCAGGCUUUGGUUGAUAUGGCUCACUACAUCCCCCCGAUCAAACCCAUCAUCCAAGAGAAAUUGCUAGAUAUGCUCAGCAUCAUUCUUUGUGGGACACCAUUCCGUCCACUGGGCUGUCCAGAAAACCGCCUUCCUCCCAUGCCGUCAUUCGCAAAGGAUUUUGCGCCCCAAGACCUGCAGUCUGAUGCGGAUAUUGCAUUGGCUCUUCACACUCUUGGCAGCUUCGACUUCUCAGGUCAUAUUUUGAACGAGUUCGUUCGGGAUGUUGCCAUCAAUUACGUGGAAAAUGACAAUGCUGAGAUUCGAAAGGCCUCGGCCCUCACAUGCUGUCAACUGUUCGUCCACGAUCCAAUUAUCAACCAGACUAGUGGUCAUUCUAUCCAAGUAGUCAGUGAAGUCAUCGACAAGCUACUGACGGUGGGUGUUGGUGAUUCGGAUCCUGAAAUUCGGCGUACGGUCUUAUGGUCGUUAGACGCGAAAUUCGAUCGACACCUGGCACGACCGGAGAACAUCCGGUGCUUGUUCCUCGCUGUGAACGAUGAAGUGUUUGAAGUCAAGGAAGCUGCCAUCUGCAUCAUUGGACGUCUUUCCAGUGUGAACCCAGCUUACGUCUUCCCGCCGUUGCGAAAGUUGCUGGUCAAUCUCUUGACUGGACUGGGUUUUGCGAAUACAGCCCGUCAGAAGGAAGAGACCGCCCAGCUCAUCAGUCUGUUCGUCUCGAAUGCGACUAAGUUAAUCCGAUCGUAUGUGGACCCCAUGGUGACAGCGCUGCUGCCAAAAGCUACAGAUAGCAACCCCGGUGUUGCUGCUGUCACACUGAAGGCCGUUGGUGAGCUUGCCAAUGUUGGCGGAAGUGAGAUGAGACGGUAUCUGCCCCAGAUCAUGCCAAUAAUUCUGGAUUCGCUCCAAGAUUUGUCCUCACAUACAAAGCGAGAAGCUGCGCUGCGGACCUUAGGACAGCUCGCCAGUAAUUCUGGUUACGUGAUCGAGCCAUACCUCGAAUACCCUCACCUUCUCGAUGUACUGAUUAACAUCACAAAGACUGAACAGACUGGGUCUCUCAGAAAGGAGACGAUCAAACUAAUCGGCGUUCUUGGAGCAUUAGACCCCUACAAGUACCAACAGAUCAGUGAUGUCGAGCCUGAUGUUCACCAUAUCAACGAAAUCCAGAGUGUCUCGGAUGUUGCCUUGAUCAUGCAAGGCUUGACACCGUCAAACGAGGAGUACUAUCCAACCGUGGUCAUCCAUACUCUGCUGCAAAACAUUCUGCGUGAGAACUCUUUGGUCCAGUACCACUCAGCCGUCAUCGAUGCACUUGUCACCAUUUUCAAAACACUCGGCUUGAAAUGCGUACCGUUCCUUGGGCAGAUCAUACCCGGCUUCAUUGGGGUCAUUCGAAGCUCUCCUACGAGCCGUCUCGAGUCCUACUUCAACCAGAUGGCCAUCCUGGUCAACAUUGUGCGACAACACAUCCGUGCUUUCCUCCCAGAAAUCAUUGAGGUUGUUCGUGAGUUCUGGGACACAUCAUACCAGGUGCAAGGUACCAUUUUGUCUUUAGUCGAGGCUAUCGCCAGGUCUUUGGAGGGAGAAUUCCGAAAGUACCUAGCUGGUCUCGUUCCAGCAAUGCUGGAUACUCUCGAGAAAGACACAACACCCCGCCGUCAGCCAUCAGAAAAGAUUCUUCAUGCUUUUCUGAUAUUUGGGUCUAGUGGCGAGGAGUACAUGCAUCUCAUCAUUCCUGCCAUUGUGCGCCUCUUUGAUGGAGCACAGCAUCCUCAAAGCAUCCGUAAAUCUGCUAUCGACAGCCUGACGAAGUUGUCCCGACAAGUCAACGUGUCAGACUUUGCAUCCCUCAUGGUGCAUUCCCUUUCCCGCGUUGUGGCAGGCACCGACCGCGUAUUGCGGCAAGCUGCUCUGGAUUGCAUCUGUGCUCUGAUUUUCCAGCUUGGCCAGGAUUUCACACAUUACAUACAUCUUCUGAACAAGGUCCUCAAGCAACACCAAAUUAGCCAUGUCAAUUACCAGAUCUUGGUAACAAAGCUUCAGAAGGGAGACCCGCUUCCACAAGAUCUCAACCCCGAAGAGAACUACGCGUUUCCGGUUGACGAUACAAAUUAUGCAGAAAUUGGACAAAAGAAGAUGGUGGUGAACCAACAGCAUUUGAAGAAUGCAUGGGAUGCUGCGCAAAAGUCUACUCGUGAAGAUUGGCAGGAAUGGAUCCGCCGAUUCAGUGUAGAGCUUUUGAAAGAGUCGCCCUCUCCUGCACUGAGAGCAUGUGCCAGCUUAGCUGGAAUCUAUCAGCCGCUGGCCCGAGAUCUGUUCAAUGCUGCCUUCGUGUCAUGCUGGACUGAAUUGUAUGACCAAUACCAAGAAGAGCUUGUUCGAUCCAUUGAAAAGGCGCUCACUUCGCCAAACAUCUCACCGGAGAUUCUGCAGAUUCUGCUCAACUUGGCUGAGUUCAUGGAGCAUGAUGACAAGGCCCUUCCCAUCGACAUUCGAACUCUUGGAAAGUAUGCGGCCAAGUGCCACGCCUUUGCUAAGGCCCUUCAUUACAAGGAACUAGAGUUUGAACAGGAUCAGAAUUCGGGUGCUGUUGAGGCUCUCAUUACCAUCAACAAUCAACUUCAGCAGUCUGACGCUGCAAUUGGUAUCCUCCGCAAAGCACAAGCGUAUCGUGACGUGGAGCUGAAAGAAACCUGGUUUGAAAAGCUUCAGCGAUGGGAUGAAGCUCUCGCGGCCUAUAAGAGGCGCGAGAAGACGGAUCCGGAUUCCUUUGGUAUCACCAUGGGUAAGAUGCGUUGUCUUCAUGCUUUGGGCGAGUGGAAGGUCCUCUCAGACCUCGCUCAGGAGAAAUGGAACCAAGCAUCCUUGGAGCAUCGUAGGGCCAUUGCUCCACUCGCUGCAGCUGCCGCAUGGGGUCGCCGGCAGUGGGAGCUGAUGGAUUCCUACCUCGGUGUCAUGAAGGAGCAGUCUCCCGAUCGAUCGUUCUUCGGUGCCAUUCUUGCUAUCCACCGCAACCAGUUCGAGGAGGCCAACAUGUAUAUCGAGAAGGCACGGAAUGGACUGGACACUGAGCUUUCUGCCCUUCUUGGAGAGUCAUACAAUCGGGCUUAUAAUGUUGUCGUCCGCGUACAAAUGCUGGCUGAGCUUGAGGAGAUCAUCACUUACAAGCAAAAUGUUGGUGACCCUGAAAAACAGGAGGCCAUGCGCCAGACUUGGAACCAGCGAUUGCUGGGCUGCCAGCAGAAUGUGGAGGUAUGGCAGCGCAUGCUCAAAGUCCGCGCACUCGUGACCGCGCCUCGCGAGAAUCUGGAUAUGUCCAUCAAGUUCGCCAAUCUUUGCCGCAAAUCGAACCGCAUGGGUCUUGCGGAACGGUCUCUCGCCGCCCUAGAGACGGUGGUCACCGAUGCCACUGGAACACACUCUAUUGCUCCUCCUGAGGUCACAUAUGCCCGCCUGAAAUUCAGCUGGGCGAAUGGCCAUCAACAAGAAUCCCUUGAGAUGCUGAAGGAAUUCACAUCUGGAUUGAGUGAUGAUCUAUCCAAGUUCAACACGCUUAUGGUGUCUCACUCUGAACAAAACGCAAUUAACGGUGUCAAUGGCAUCUCAGAUCCGAGCCACCCUGAUGCUAUCAGUCUGCGUGAACGCAUUGGAGACGUUGCCAAAUUUCGAAAGCUCCUUUCCAAGAGUUAUCUCCGACAGGGUGAAUGGCAAACUGCCCUUCAAAAAGGCGACUGGAGACCAGAGUAUGUCCGUGAGGUCCUCGGCGCCUAUUCAGCAGCUACACAGUACAAUCGUGAUUCAUACAAGGCUUGGCACUCUUGGGCCCUUGCCAACUUUGAAGUGGUCACGGCGAUUGCCAACCAGGCAAGCCGUGAUGGCAAACCAGCGCCGGUGCCAGGUCAUAUUGUCACGGAGCAUGUCAUUCCUGCCCUCCGUGGUUUCUUGCGAUCUAUCGCUUUAUCCUCAACUUCCUCGCUGCAAGACACGUUGAGAUUGCUCACCUUGUGGUUCACUCACGGAGGUGACCAUGAAGUCAACACCGUCGUUACUGAAGGAUUUACUACCGUUAACAUUGAUACCUGGCUUUCUGUGACACCUCAAAUCAUUGCCCGCAUCAACCAGCCCAAUGUCAGAGUUCGGGGCUCCGUCCACCGCUUGCUUGCUGAGGUGGGAAAGACACAUCCUCAGGCCCUGGUGUACCCGUUGACUGUGGCCAUGAAGUCUAAUGUUGCCCGCCGCUCCCAGUCUGCUAGUAGCAUCAUGGAAAGUAUGCGGCAGCACAGUGCCAAGCUGGUUGAACAGGCAGACCUUGUUAGUCAUGAAUUGAUCAGAGUUGCUGUACUGUGGCACGAACUCUGGCAUGAAGGUCUGGAGGAGGCGUCUCGUCUCUAUUUCGGCGAUCAUAACGUGGAAGGCAUGUUCGCAACCCUCGCACCUCUUCAUGAUAUGCUGGACAAGGGCGCCGAGACGCUCCGUGAAGUCUCCUUCGCACAAGCCUUUGGCCGUGAUCUCGCAGAAGCCAAACACUAUUGUGUUCUCUACCGACAAACUGAUGAGAUUGGAGAUUUGAACCAAGCGUGGGAUCUCUACUACACUGUUUUCCGCAAGAUCAGCAGGCAACUUCCACAGCUAUCUAUACUCGACCUCAAAUAUGUAUCUCCCCGCCUCAAGGAUUGCUCGGGCUUGGACUUGGCCGUGCCAGGAACAUACCAGAGUGGUCGUCCAGUUAUUUGCAUCACGAGCUUCGAUCCAAUUCUGCAUGUCCUUCAGACCAAGAAGAGACCACGACGGAUGACACUCAAGGGCAACAAUGGCUGCUCUUACAUGUACGCACUCAAGGGUCACGAAGAUAUUCGACAGGAUGAGAGAGUCAUGCAGCUCUUCGGUCUGUGCAAUACUCUUCUUGACAACGACGGCGAGAGCUUCAAGCGUCAUCUUUCCGUCCAGCGUUUCCCUGCUAUUCCUCUAUCUCAGAGCUCUGGUCUGCUGGGCUGGGUGUGCAACAGUGACACAUUGCACGCUCUCAUCAAGGAGUAUCGGGAAAGCCGUCGCAUUCUGCUCAACAUUGAGCACCGAAUUAUGCUUCAGAUGGCGCCCGACUACGACAGCCUCACCCUCAUGCAAAAGGUCGAGGUCUUUGGAUAUGCCAUGGACAAUACCACCGGCAAGGAUCUCUACCGGGUCUUGUGGCUCAAGAGUAAGAGUUCCGAAGCCUGGCUUGAGCGGCGCACCAAUUACACCAGAUCCCUUGGUGUCAUGUCAAUGGUCGGCUAUAUCCUUGGCUUGGGUGACCGACAUCCUUCAAACUUGUUACUGGAUCGGGUCACUGGUCGGGUGGUUCACAUCGAUUUCGGCGACUGUUUCGAGGUCGCCAUGCACCGCGAGAAAUACCCCGAACGCGUUCCGUUCCGACUCACUCGGAUGUUGACCUUUGCUAUGGAGGUCAGUAACAUCGAGGGAAGCUACCGUAUCACUUGCGAGGCUGUCAUGCGUGUCCUUCGAGAAAACAAGGACUCAUUGAUGGCAGUUUUGGAAGCUUUCAUUCACGAUCCCCUGAUUAAUUGGCGUCUUGGAGCUCAAGAAUCUCCCGAUCGCGUGUCUCUGACGGCGGAACGCCGCCAGUCGAUUAUCGAAGGCAUUAAUCUCGCGGAUGGUGUGCAGCCAAGUAACUUUUCUCGUCACCGCCGACCCUCAAUCCUGGAAGGCGGUAUCCUCGAUACUCAAGAAGGCGUCCCUGCCGAGGCUCGGGAGGCCCAGAAUGCCCGCGCCGUCCAGGUGCUUGCUCGCGUGAAGGAGAAGCUGACUGGACGCGACUUCAAGCACUAUGAAGAACUUAAUAUCACCGACCAGGUUGAUAAGCUCCUUGCACAGGCCACCAAUGUGGAGAAUAUUUGUCAGCACUGGAUUGGAUGGUGCAGCUUCUGGUGA